AUGACCACCCUCGUCAAGCCAGCGCUGCUCGCCCGUCUCCGCACCUCGAUCCCACAAGUCAUUGACAUCUGGUUCGAAGGCGUCGAGGCUGGCGCCCAAUCACCAGGAGCGGCAGCGAUGGCGCGAUGGUGGGGAUUCCAGCGGAGUCGAGAAGAGAACGAUCGAUUCAACUCCCAGUGCCGUGAGAAGUUUGGCGCUGUCCUCGACGACAUCAAGGACUUGCCCGCGCAGAGCCACGCCCAGCAGAUCGCCCGAGAGAUGAGCGAAGCAUCCACUCCCCUCGACAAAUAUCACAGCGUGCUUGGGCUUGUCCUGCUCUUCGAUCAGAUGCCCCGAUGCAUCUUCCCCGCCACCAAUCCGCUCAUCUACGCGCACUACGACCAAAUCGCGCAAGCUGUCAGCCAGGACGCCAUUUCCAAGGGCCUUGAUGCGCAGGCCAAUGCGAAAUCGAUGGCCUGGCGCCUGUGGUUCUACAUGCCCCUCGAGCAUUCCGAGUCGAUUGAACAGCACGAGCAAUUGGCCCGCCUGCUCGAGGAGAUGAAGGACGACUCGCCAUACUACAAGAACACGUCCGACUUUGCCGCUCGUCACCACGAGAUUAUCGAGAAGUUUGGGCGCUAUCCGUAUCGUAACGAGGCGCUGGGAAGGCAGAGCACGGAUAGCGAGCUCGAAUGGAUUCGCCAGAACGGUAAUCCCUUUGCGACGCAGUGA